CGUCUCUGUGGAUGGACUGCCGCCGUGCUCCCCGGUUAACUGUAUGUUGCUUCAAUUUUGAACAUUCCUUUCGACCGUCGCUAAUUGGACUCUUACUUUCGUCUUGAUCUUUGUACACGCGUACUUAACUGGAUGUGUAACGUACUUCUCUGUGCUUAACUCGACACGUUUGUCGCUCGUAGCAUCACUGUCUUGUAAAAUGUACGUUCUGUUACUUUAAAUUCCCUUUCUAUGUUCGUUUCGAGCCUAUAAACACUGUUUUGUUGUUGUUACCUUAUAACACGCCUCCGUCUCAUUCUCUGCGUUUGCUUACCGGCUAUGCCGGGCAUCGAACGACCACCCCCUUAUUGUCAUGUCUCGGUGAUGACCUUCCGUCGUCACCGGGCUCGUGACAAUAAACUGGCGUCCGCGACAGGACGUUCGAUGCGAAGGAAACGUGGUGACUGGAGAGGGAGACGAGUUCUGGAAAUGUGCCGCGUUAUUUGAGGCGUACGAUGCAUGAACGGGAUUUCCUUUUGUGAGCGCCUGUUUGGGUUGUUGAAAGUGUUUCGGAGAUAGAAGCAUGGAAAUGGAAAAGUUGCUAGCGAUGGGUAGUCAGCUUGGCCUGGCGGGCGCUGAGCUCCGAAAAUGGGUAGAAGAUAAACAGCGAGAGGAUCGAGCGUUUGCACGGCAGACAGCGGAGGAUGAGCGCACAGCCGCGAAGGAGGCUGACGAGCGUCAGAUUCAGCUUAUGCGCCUGAAAAUAGAGUGUCAGCAGCUGGAGAAGGAGACCAGAGAAAAGGAAGGAAGCCGGGGAAAAGACGCGGAGCCAAGCUUGAAACUGAACACAAGCAAGCUUCUCAUCCCGUUCGAUGACCGGAAGGAUGACCUAGACGCGUAUAUUAGACGAUUUGAGAGCCUUGCGGAAAGCCAGAAGUGGCCAGAGAGCCAGUGGUCUACAGCUCUAGCAACAUGUUUGAGCGGGGAAGCACUCAGUGUUUACGGGCGGUUGCCGCCGGGUGAUGCAGCGGAUUACUCCAAGGUAAAGACAGCCCUUUUGAAGCGGUUUCGUUUCACGGCGGACGGCUUUCGGGACAAAUUCGAUUCAGGCAAACCGGCGGAUGGUGAGACCGCAGCUCCGUUCUCGGCGCGUCUCAGCCACUAUUUCGAUCGCUGGAUCGAGCUGUCCGAUACGAAACACGAGUUCAAAGACCUCCGAGAGCUCCUGAUUAAGGAAAGGUUCCUACAUGGGUGUCAUUCCAACAUGGCGCUCUAUCUGAAGGAAAGGAAGGCGAAAUCGUUGGGAGAGAUGCUGGAUCUAGCCGACCAGUUUUUAGAAGCGCAGGGAAGCCUUAACCUCGCCAAAGUAAAGAAGGAUAACCGAGAUGAUAUCGGGAGGCCCGAAACUGACGAGAAAAGAAGCAGUCAACGAACAGCGCCUCGUUGUUAUCUUUGCAACCGCGUUGGGCAUCAGGCUUCACACUGCCGGGCCCACACCACUAACAACCACAGCCUUACCUGCUUCAAGUGCGGGCGAAAGGGCCACAAGGCCGACGCGUGCCGGUCGGGAACAAACGAUAGGCCUCAGGCAUCGUGCGUUUACUCCCCCGUCGGGGUGACGAAUCGGGAGGGCAUUCGCGACGGCUACCUAGAGCUGAAGAAUGGGGAAAGAAUCCCCGUCGUGAAUGCAGUCAUGAUAACACAGCCGAGGUUUCUAGUCGAAGGACUGCCGGUGGUCGCCGGAACGUAUGAGGGCAAAUCGAUUUCGGUAUUGCGAGACACCGGAUGCAAUACGGCGAUUAUAAGACGAGAGCUCAUCCACGACGAUCAGCUCACAGGAGAGACCCGGCCCGUUUAUGUAGUCGACGGAACAGCCAGGAUGCUGCCCGAAGUGCGGGUGGAGAUCGACACCCCGUACUAUUCAGGGGUCAUCACGGUGCUCUGCAUGGCGGAGCCGCUCUAUGACCUAAUCCUUGGAAAUAUAGAAGGCGCGAGGGCACCCGACGACCCAAAGGCGGCAGUGGAAGAACCCGUCAGCAACGAGCCCGCUGUUGAGGAAGCUGUAGCAGCAGUUGUAACGCGCUCGCAGAUGAGGAACCAACCCCAAAGGUUCCAAACCCUCAAAGCCCCCGACGUCUCAGCACAGCCGCUAAACAGGAAUUACGCGGAUGAGCAGGAAGCGGACGAGUUGCUCAGGCCGUGCUUCUCUCAGAUUGGCCAGAUACUGACGUGCAGAGAUUCCGAAGAAAAUAUCGAAUUCCACCGGGAGGGCUGA